UUCAGAGGAAGCUCCUCUGUGGGAGGGCCUGUACUGCGGGCACGUUGUCACGGAGCGGUCGUGACUGGUCAGGCUCCUCUGAGGGGAGUUUCUGAUGGAGCUGCAGAGGUGAAGAGUUCUCUGAGGCUCAACACUUUGCUUGAAUAAAAGUUGAGAGGAGCGCGCGCCCGCUGCGACUUUCCGCUGCUUUGUGUCAGUGACCGGAGCUCGCGCGCGUCCCUGCUCCUCUGCCGGCCACGGUGACACUGACGGUAUAAUCCCUCUGAGCCGUCUAUCAUGGACGAGGACAGCAAUGCGUUACCUGACUUGAAGGAUAUAGAGACGAAACUGGGUCGCAAAGUCCCGGAGAGUCUCAUUCGGUCUCUUGUCGGAGGGAAACAUCACGACAAGCACGAGAAGUCUCCUGCGCCGCAUUUAGCCAACUUCAAAUUCUGUGCCAACUCUGGGGACCUGAAGAGACUGGAGAGCAAACUGCUCUUCCUCAAACAAGAAAUGGCACAUCUACGAGCCAUUGACGUGAAGCUGAUGCAGCAGCUCAUGUCAAUCAACGAGGGAAUCGAGUCCAUCCGCUGGAUGAUCGAAGACAAAGGAGGCACUGCCAGCCAAGAUGGCAGCUUGACGGGCAGUUUGUACAGUCUGUCUGACAGCCAGGACGGUAGCUCACUGCGAGGCAGCUUCAACAGCUUGAAUGAUGCUAACAGUGACGGCCUCGAUGGUCUGUCUGUGGGCAGUUACCUGGACACUCUAGCGGAAGAUCUUCCAGAUGACCCAUCACCUACGGACCUUGACUGCUUUGUGGAUAAAACUGUAAUCGAUGGUGAUUCUUUCAGCAAAUCACCUCUGAAACUCAGGGUGGAAUCAGAUGAAUACUACUGCUUUGGAUAAUGAUGCUAAGCUAAACAUGUUGGUUACAUUGACCUGACUACAGCUGUAGUGCUGGUUUUAUCUGUGUGUCUGCAUGUGUGCUUUAUAUUUUUGCCAUUAUAGCUAAUACCAAAUAAGUUGGGUUUUUUUUACAUUGGAACCAGAACCUUAUGUUUGACACCACUCAUUAAACCAAUUGCCACUCAGUGUCACUCCAAAUGGCACAGAAAGGCCAAAACUUCUCAGUUUCCGUCUUUGUCUGUGGAGCCUUUAACUCUUGUGAUUCUGUGUGAGGUCGGCCACAAACAGCUGAUCUGAGUCAAGGAGUAGAUUAGGUUUUAGCAGCCAUUUGGAAAAUUGGACAUUUCAUGCGGAGUGACUCCAUAGCCUUUACUGCUUAAAAGUGGCAAAGUGGUUGGUUUUAGUGUUACUGCAAGUGCAAUUUGUUUCCUUGCCAAACUCUGAGCACCACCUACUGUACAUGUAAAUGUUUUCCUUCUUUUUACUGAGAUAAUUUGACUGACACAAGUUCCUUAGCUGAACCCGUCUCAGCGCGUGUUACAAUUUCCAACCAGAAGUCUUAUACAUGAGAGAUUAGUUGCACAUUGAAAGCACAGAUGCUUGACUGAAAAACAAAGCAAUUUAAUUGUCUAACAGAUCAUUUAGGCCCGAGGCGAAAAACCCUGUUAACACCAGAUGGGAGAUUUGCUGAUGGUGGACAUAAGUGAAACACGUGUCUGCUUGGUGCACACAUUUUAAUUCUCUGCUGUUGAAAAGGGUUUAAUGAAAGCUAUGCAUUGCUGUACAUUGAUGUGUUUUUUUAACAUUGUUAUGUUAAUUUGUUUGAAGUUUUUUUUUCAAUGGCUGUAUUGUUUGCUAAUAAUGUUGUUUUUUUGGAAAACAAAAAAAAUAAUAUAUUGUCAUUUUCCUCUUGGCCCUGCA